AUGCUAACUAAAGGUAGAAAACCCAACAUUUUAAUUAUCGGCACCCCUGGUACAGGGAAAACGUCUUUAUGCAAAAAAUUAGAGAAAAAACUUGAGGGUUACAAAAGAAUUGAGCUAUCAAAAGCAAUUAAGAAAUAUAAGCUUUAUAGUGAAUGGGAUGACGAAAUGGGAGCAAGUAUUUUUGACGAAAAGUUAGUUAGAAGAUACUUAAAAAACCAAUUGGAUAAAUAUAAUUCAAAGAACAUUGGAAUAAUACUUGAUUUUCAUUCAGUUAAUUUUCUUAAGAAAAAAUGGUUUGACAUCGUUUUCUGCUUAAAUUCGGAAACCCAUAUUUUAUUUGAUAGGCUUGAAAAAAGAGGUUAUAGUCAAGAAAAAAUUAGGGAAAAUGUUGAAUGUGAAAUUUUCAAAGUUAUUAGAUACGAUGCUACAGAAGUAUUUGAUGAUGAGCAAAUAGUUGAUUUGAAAAGUAAUACUAUUUGUGAACAGAGAUCAAACAUUAAACUUAUAUUAAAGAGAAUAUCAAAUAUUGAAUAUAAUUAA